AUGCUCGAACUCCAGUUUUUGUUUUUUGGUGGUCUCGCUCCUCCUCCCGAGUCCCGUUGCUCCUCCACAGUCACCCUCCACCCGGUCUGCUGGGAGAAGCAGGGGAGAGAAGAGAGACACUUGAGAGGCGGCAGGAUUCUAGUUUUUUCCCGUCAAGAUGAGGGUGUGUGUGCUGGUUCCGCUUAUGUCCCUGGUUCUGGUGGUGUGCGCGGCCCGGUCUCCGUACCAGGCGGUUCUGCAGCACAGCCGAAUCCGAGGCCGUCAGCAAGGACCCAAUGUUUGUGCCAUGCAGCAGAUCAAAGGAACCAACAAGAAAUAUUUCACCAACUGCAAGCAGUGGUACCACAGGAAGAUCUGCGGCAAACCCACGGUGAUCACCUAUGAAUGCUGUCCAGGUUAUGAGAGGAUUCCUGGAGACAAAGGCUGUCCUGCUGCAUUGCCUCUGGUGAACAUCUACAACACCCUGGGCGUGGUCGGAGCUUCCACAACUCAGAUGUACUCUGAACGAGCCAAUCUGAGAGAGGAGAUUGAAGGUCCAGGAAGCUUUACUUUCUUUGCCCCAAGCAACGAUGCGUGGGCAGCCCUCCCUGCUGAGAUCCUGGACGCUCUGGUGAGCAACGUGAACAUCGAGCUGCUGAACGCGCUCCACUAUCACAUGGUGAACAGUCGGCUGACCUCUGAGGAGCUGAAGCACGGGUCCUCCUUCCCCUCCAUGUACCAGGACUCACAAGUCCACAUUCACCACUACAGCAAUGGGAUUGUGACAGUGAACUGUGCACGUCUCAUCAAACCUGACCAACACUCCACCAACGGCAUCGUGCACGUCAUCGACCGAGUUAUUACGGCCGUCUCAAAUGACAUGCAGACCGUCAUUGAUGUAGAUGAUGACCUGGAGACGCUACGUACGGCCUUCGCCGCUGCAGGUCUGACUACCUUGCUGGAGAGUGAGGGUCAGUACACCAUCUUUGCUCCCACCAAUGACGCCUUUCAGAAGAUUCCUCAGGAGACUCUGAGCAGAAUCCUGGGAGAUCCCUUGGCUCUGAAAGACUUGCUGAACUACCACAUUCUGAAGCAACUGCAUUGUGCUGAGUCGAUCGUGUCAGGGACCUCAAUGGAGACCCUGCAGGGCACUUCGCUGGAGGUCGGCUGUGACGGAGACCAGAUGACUCUGAACGGGAAGGCCAUUGUCACCAAGAAGGACCAGCUGGGAACCAAUGGAGUCAUCCAUUACAUUAAUGAGCUGCUUAUUCCAGACUCCGCUAAAACUCUACUGGAGCUGGCUGAGGGCUCGUCUGUUUCCACGGUUACCAAGUUGUUUGUUGAUGCUGGUCUCUCCUCCCACCUGACGGGGUCAGAGGCUCUAACUAUGUUGGCUCCUCUGAAUGACGCCUUCAAAGCAGGAAGCAUGACUAUGACUCCCAAUCUGAGGAAGCUGAUGGCCAAUCACAUCCUGAAGGAGCAGCUGUCCUCAAAGUCCCUGUACCACGGUCAGGAGCUGGAGACGCUGGGCGGCCUCCGGCUGAGAGUCUUCGUCUACAGAAAUAACUUGUGCAUCGAGAACGCCUGCAUUGCUGCCAAUGACAGGACCGGCCGUUUUGCCUCCAUGUUUACCGUGGACAAAGUCCUCACACCUCCCAUGGGGACAGUCAUGGAUGUCCUGAAGGCUGAUGAGCGCUUCAGCCUGCUGGUCGGAGCCAUCCAGACUGCAGGCAUGACGGAGCUACUCAACCAGCAGGGUUCGCUUACCUUCUUCGCUCCCACCAAUGAAGCCUUCAGCAAGCUGCCACAGGCUGAGCUCAACAGCUUGUUGCGUAGCCCUAGCGAGUUGUCAGGCGUGCUCAAGUACCAUCUGGGGGAAGGAAUGUUGGUCAGUGGGGGGGUCGGCUCUUACACUCGUCUAAAACCUCUGCAGGGGGAGAAACUGGAUCUGGGUGUGCGUAACCUCACCAUCUACAUCAACAAGGUUCCUGUGGUUGACGCAGACCUGAUGGCGACGAAUGGAGUUGUUCAUGCAGUCAACAGCAUCAUCAAACCUCAGCCCCUGAAGAUUGACCUGGAACAGGCUGAUGGCCCUGCAGCUGCUGUCAGAUCCGCUGCUACAACUGCGGUGGACACCAGGAGCUUCAGGAAUGACGAUUUGUUCCAGAAGGUCUUGAGGAGUCGUUCCAGCAGAACAAUGAGCAGGAGUCAGUAAAGAGGAGAAGGGUGGUGAAGAAGAGUCCUGAGCAAUCCUGAAAGAUGGCCACAACUAGAUUAGAACUUCCAGUGUUCUGAAACUCAAACUGUUUUGUGACAUCACACUUUAACUUCUGUAAAAUGUUUAUAUAGUGACGUCCUUCAUUGUGUCAGCAGGUUGGGAUUGAAACCUUCAAUUUGUAAAAUAAAUCUGAGUGCUCUUCAA